CCUGCUGCACUGGGCAGCACAGUGUGGGGAGGAGGUGCGGCACCGCCAGUCCGGCCAGAUCAUGGUGCUGAAGAUGAACAAGCUGAUGAGCAACCGGGGGAACAUGCUGCGGGAGGUGCAGCUCAUGAACCGCCUCUCGCACCCCAACAUCCUCAGGUUCAUGGGGGUCUGUGUGCACCAGGGGCAGCUGCACGCGCUCACGGAGAACUGCCUGGUGAAGAGUGAGAGACAACGGCCUACACGGCAUGGGUGGGAGUUGGCCUGGCGGAGCAAGAUUGCCGCACUCAGUGAGGACGCUCAGAAGGAGCCCCUGGCCGUGGUGGGCUCGCCGUACUGGAUGGCCCCGGAGGUGCUGCGUGGGGCUGUAAACGAGAAGGCCGACGUCUUUGCCUACGGCAUCAUCCUGUGCGAGACCAUCGCACGGGUCCCCGCCGACCCGGACUACCUGCCCCGCACCGAGGAUUUUGGGCUGGACAUCGCCGCUUUCUGCAACAUGGUGGGGGACGACUGUCCUGCAGCCUUUCUCCAGCUGGCCUUCCACUGCUGCAGGAUGGAGCCGACGGCCCGACCCGCCUUUGUGGAGAUCACGCAGCACCUGGAGGGCAUCAUGCAGCACCAGCUGGGAGUAGGGGGCACCGGCGUCGACCCGCAGAGUGAUGAGGAGAGUGUGCCCUUGCCCGGGACCCCGGCCACGCUGAAUGGUGAGGGAGCGAGCGAGUCCGCGCUCCCUGAGCAACCACUGCCGCGUGAUCUGAGCUGGCCGCACCUCCAGCCCGACCCCCGCCUCGCCCGCAGCCGCUCGGACAUGUUCCCAACCAGGUCCCCAGCCCUGCUGCCGCCCCAGGAGCCCGACACAGGCGCCCGCCCCAAGGAGCUGCCGCCGCGUCUCAACCCCUUUUCCCAGCGUGAGGACCUGAAGGGUGGGAAGAUCAAGCUCUUCGACACGCCCAGCAAGUCGGUCAUCUCGCUGACCUUUGCCCUGCCGCCGCCCGCCCCCUACCAGCUGGGCACACCCAUCACGCCCGAGCCCGUGGUGGAGGCGCAGUGCGACUUCUCCGCCCCCCUGGUGCUGACACGCAAGUGCCGCUCGCUGCCCGCGUCCCCCGAGCUGGCCCGCCGGGGGAGCCCGGCUCUGGUGGGGGAACCGGCCCGCGCCUGCUGCCGGGAGGAGUCCCCAGCAUGUGGGGAGGGCCCCCAGCCUCACAACCCCUUCUCAAUUUGGAGCUGGGGGGCAGCGGGGGAGGUGGCAGGGCGCUCACCCCUUCCCAGCCCCCCUGCGGUGGAGCAGAUGGACUGCAGCCCUGACAGCCCCGAGCCGGAGCCGGAGCCGGCGCCGGCGCCCACCCCACCGCUCACUCACAGCACCUUCAUCAGCACGUCGGCGUCGGGUGCCCAGCCCUGGCCGCCGGGGCCCCCCAAUGGCUUGCCCCUCAAGAACAACAGCGUGGUGGUGAGCGCCCCGUCUGGCUGGGGCCACGGCCUGGAGCGCGGCUUCUCGGAGCUCAGCAUCCCCUGCACGGGGGCCUUGGAGUGGACGGAGCACUCGAGCGCGCUGCCCCGGCACACUUCCAGCGCCGGGCUGGAGCAGGACGAGGUGCUGGCCUGCCCCGGCUGCUGCCUGGGCCCCUUCAGCUUCAGCUUUGCCUCUGUCUGCCAUCGGCCCGCACCCAGCCCGCCCCGCUACCAGCACCUUGCCUGCGAGGCCAAGAGCCUCCUCUGCCAGGACAAACGCCCGCCUGAGCCCAGCCUCAAGCUGCCAGAGGCACAGUCCUAGUGCUGGGCAGAUGGGAUGAUGGACACGACCCCCCGCGCGGCUCCGGCUCCCCCCCACGGCCUGCGCUGAGCAGGGGCUGGAGCCAGGAGCCCUGAAAUCCCCACACCUUUCCCACGGGCUGGGACCCAGUUCUGCCCUGGUGAUGCGGCUGCCCCUAGGGCCAUUCACCUUGUUGGUGAAACCAUCAGCCAUUGCCAAGGCCACGCACAACCUGGACUCACGUCCUGGCUGGCCCAGUGUGACCGGUGGACGGGGAGGUGGGGCUCGUGCGAGGAGCUCCAGGCCGGGCACGGACCCAGCGGCGAGGUGGUGCCAGCUCUGAGCGGGGCUGGCUCCCUGCAGUGGCACCAGGGGCCGGUGAGUCGAGCUGGGCUGACAUGCAAUAACAUGGCCGCACCGUGGGGACGGGGCUGGGUGGGGGGGCUCUGCACCCCCCUGACAGCUGGGGGCUCCAGUGAGCAGCCACUGAGGUGCAGCGCUGAUGGACCAGCAGGGCACGGUGCCACCCGGGAGUCUCUGGGAAGGCACGUGGGGGCAGGUGGACCUUCCAUCCUGCCCUACCUGCCCGCAGCUAUGGGGAGAGGAGUGGCGUAGUCAGGGGGUCAUUCUGGGGCCUGGGGCUCCUCCCUAGCCGCCUGUCCUGGCGCGUCUGCUCCACGGCCCCCGCAGUCAGAGGCGAUGGGAAUACAAGCCGGGGGGGGCAUGGUGGGUGCUGGGGGGCCGCAGUGUGCACUGGA